GCCGUGCGUGGCUGUGGAGGAAUGUGCGGAAACUUUUCCGUGUGUCGGACAGAAACUUGCAAAGAGGCGAAAACUCGGUGAAAACUUGCGGAAAGUGGCGCAAAGUUUGGCGCUGCGGAAUCGCUGUUGGUGUGUGGAGGACUGGCAACAUGUCAACCCAGGCCGUGUACGCCGUGGAGAUGUUUCCGGUGGGUGUGCCGGUCAUGGAGGAUCUUUCAAGGAACACGCUGCCCGCCCCGCAGCUCGUCAUGCUGGCCAACGUGGCGGCAGUGACGGCCGCGGAGGGCAGUGGCGAUGGCGGCAGCGCCGCGGAUGAGAAAGAAAUGAUGGAGCUGAAGACGGUGGGGUGUAGUUACUCAGACAGCGAGGAUGAGGGCAUCAUCAGAUACAGCUACGACAACCAGAACCACUUGGAGGUGUGUAUCGUGGAAUAUCCCGACUCUCCUGCGCCCAACGCGAUGCCUGUGGAGGAGGACGAGGGGGACAAGGCCGAGGACCUGUCUCAGCCACAAACACCCGCCCCCCCCGCCGCGGACGAAACGCCACAGCAAGGCCCCAAACGCAAAGAGGCCCCUGCCGUCACCCCGGACAGCGCCAAGAAGAAGAAGCCAUUCCACUGCAAGCCGUGUCACUUCCAGGCCCAGAACGAGCAGCAGUUCGUGGAGCACCUGAGCAGCCACAGCGUCAGCAAGAUGAUGGUGGUGAACAAAGUGGAGGGCCGCAGCAAGACCAGGACCAAGGAGGCCGACGCCGCGCCGGCUGCCACCAGCGAGCAGGCGGAGAAUGGCGGGGAGGCCAACGGGGGCGACAGCAAAGGGCUGAUCCGGUGCGAGCGCUGUGGCUACAACACCAACCGAUACGACCACUACAUCGCACACCUGAAGCACCACAGCAAAGAGGGCGACGAUCACAGGGUUUUUAAGUGCACCCUGUGUCCAUACACCACGGUCAGCCAGUACCACUGGAGAAAACACCUGAGGAAUCAUUUCCCCAGCAAGCUGCACACCUGCAGCCAGUGUUCGUACUUCUCUGACCGCAAGAGCAACUACAUCCAGCACAUCAGAACACACACAGGUGUGCGUCCUUUCCAGUGUCUGUUCUGCGACUACUCCAGCUCCCAGAAGACCCACCUGACCCGACACAUGCGAACGCAUUCAGGCGAGCGCCCUUUCAAGUGUGAGAGCUGCAGCUACCUGGCAGCCAAUCAGCACGAGGUGACCCGGCACGCCAGGCAGGUCCACAACGGUCCCAAGCCCCUGUCCUGCCCGUACUGCGAGUACAAGACAGCUGACCGCAGCAACUUCAAGAAGCACGUAGAGCUGCACAUUCACCCUCGCCAGUUCCUCUGCCCGCUCUGCAAGUACGCCGCCUCCAAGAAGUGCAACCUGCAGUACCACAUCAAGUCCCGCCAUUCUGGCUGCAACGUGUCCGUGGACAUUUCCAAGGUCAAGCUGAAAAAGAAACCCACCGCGGACGGAGCAGAGGAGAGUCCAGAGGCCAAGAAGGCGGAAACGUCCUACAGCGUCGAGGACGACUUCGAUGUGGACGACGCAGACGAGGACUCGAGCCCCAUCAACCUGUCUAUCGGAAAGAGCAGUCAGGCCACUCAAACGGUGCAGAGCAGGUCUCUAGUGAAACCUGCCAUCAACCCCGAGAAGGAGAAGGUGGUGAAGGUAAAAGAGAAGCCGGAACCAGAGAGAAAAGUCGCCAAAAGGCAGAAGAAGGUGGAGAAGGUCCCUGUGAGUCCUGCGGAUAGCACAGCUGUCAAAGAAACUCAAGCAGCGGUUGAGAACUCCGACAAGGUCAAGAGACGAAUCAAGAAGGUUUCAGCUGAGAAAGCAACGGUUCAGGACCAACAAGAAGGAUCCCUAGUCCUCGCAGACCAAACGGAGACAGAGAAUUAUAACCAGCAAAGGUCAGAGGAAGCAAGGUCAGGGAAACAGAAGACGAAGAAAGAGCAUCAGAAGGUUAACCAGAAGGAGAACAAAAACCUGAACAAACCCCAAAAGUCUGGAUCCAAGAAGUCUGACAAAAACACAGAACAUGCAGAAGAUGCUGUGAAACCUGACGGUCCUGAUAAGACUCCGAAAGAACAGAGGUUCAAGGUAAAAGCUGAAAAGAGGAAGGCUGGAGAGGCUUUAGAUCUGUCAAAGAAGUCUGGUACUCCCACUAAGACCAGAAAGCUGAAAGCCAAACCUGCUCCAGAAGACACCGUCAAGACUGAGCUCAACACUGCGGUGCGCAAAUCCACAGGGGCCGGCUCAGGAAACCAGAAGAAGCCCAGAACAAAGAAAUCUGCCAGCCCUCUGCAAACUGUGGAUGCAGCCCUAGACAAGGCCAUUAGUCCGUCCACUGAAGCUCCAGAAAGUUAUUCUGCAGAAACCUGCUCAGACAAGACUGGAGCAGGACCCAAGAUGGCGGAAACCCAUUCCAACCCAACAGGGACCAGAUCCAACGCAGCUGGAAGCGGGCCUGGAAAGGCAGCAGCCAGUCCUGCUGUGUCAAAUGCAGAGACAAAAGAAAUUCCCCCCACAGGGUUUCAGAAGUCUGGCAAGAAACGCUCACAGGAAGAGGAGGUUUCUUCAAGCAGCAGCUCCGGCGAGCUCACUCCCCCUGUGCCGGUCUUCCUGAAACCCACGUCUCCGCCUCCUCUGGUGAUACGGAACAAACCCGCGGUUCACGAGGACGACGAGGGGAUCCACAGCAGCCACGAGGGCGGCAGCGACAUCAGCGACAGCGCCUCCGAGGGCAGCGACGACUCUGGCCUCCACAGCAACGACGCUUCCUCGGGUAAGAUGCCGAACGACCCCGAAACGCCCACCGACGAGAUCCCCACGCCAACAGAGCUCAAGAGCCACAUGUGCAUCUUCUGCGACCGCACAUUCCCACUGGAGGUGGAGUACCGCCGCCACCUGAACCGCCACCUCGUCAAUGUCUACUACAUGGACGCCACAAAGGCUUCAGAGUGAGGAACACUGUCCGCACGUUUCAUCGUCAGCUGUAUUUGCAUGUUUGUACAUCUGAACUGUUCAAAUUUUACGGUUUUACGUCCAGUUGCCUUUAAUGCUGGGAAGCUACCCUGAAUGCAUCAUCCUGCGGGUUCCAAGAGCCAGCCAGACAUCCUCUCUGGUUCGUGAUCCUCCAGGUUCCAGACAGCCGAACACCACUGCCUUUGAAUUCUGAAACUGAAUAAACCUAUACGCAACAAAAAGCUAACGGUAGACUAGCAAGUAAUGACAUGACUGUACUGUCAGAACCAAUCAGCUUCCAGCUUCUUUCACCUCUGUAACUAAAACCUUUGACGAAAUACGAGAAAGUGAUCAAGGUUUGAUGAAAAGGACUGAUCUGAAACCAGCCUUGAACCCAUCUUUGUUAACUGUGAUUAUCUAACGUCUCUAUCAGAUUCUGUUUUUAUGUGUUUGAGCCCGAUUGAUUUCACACAUCAACUGAUAGCGUGCCGAAUUGAGGCCUGUUGAGCAACCAGAAAGGCUCAGACCCUGAACAGGCUGACCUUGAUGGCAAGACGACGUCAAGCGAGUUGACGACACGGACCUGGGAGUUCUUCAUCACGCUCGGUGGCCCCGACAAUCAGCGGACCUCUUCUCUGUGCCGAUGUGUGUCAGGCUGGAUGGCGAUGGAGCGGCAGACAAAUGUAAACAGCAAAUCACGCAAAUGUGAAACUGACAUUGCCAUCCUCCUUGGUCAUUCUGUAAACACAUCGCCACUUAGCUUCUGCAGACAAAUUCACGCUUCUUUUAAUCUUCUUGUAGGACAUUAUCAAGUCUGAGUUUCAUGCUAUGGGCAGGUCAGAGCUCUGUGCAUCGGUUGUUGAUGGAUCAGUUUAACGGUGAUGUAAUGAACAGUUGAUGAGGCCUAGAUCAAAUGACUGUUUGUCUGAACUGUUUUGUGUGUGUGUGUGUAUGUGUGUGUGGAGGGGUACUGUAUUGUACUAACACCAGCUUUAAUCUGCUUCACUUUAUUCUGCUCUUUUUUAAAUAAAACCCGUCAGUGUG